UUUAAAGGCCCCGGUGAUUGUUGUUGUGUAAUGCACUUAUUCUGCUGGUGAAUUCAGAGAUGGAGGAAGAGAUCAGGAAUGAGGUCAGCGAAGUUAUAUGAAGUGGAAGAGACGAGGGAGAAAGUUUGAAGGCUCAUCUCGGUAAUGUGCAGGGACAGUUGGGCAAUGAUGAGCGUCGCAGUCACCGCCGUCUUCUGCUUAACCCUUCACUACCUCCUCUGGCAAAGACAUAUGAGGGCUUUGUUAGACUACCAACAGGAAGAGUAAAAAAUAAUGCUAUUAGACAGUCGUGCUUUGCUUUCAUUGCCUGAGAUGUGCUUCCCUAUAAUGAAUAUGCCCCCGUCCCGCCCGGGCUGUUUCUGACCUCCAUCAUUAGCCACUACCUUGAGAUUCUAUUCACAUUAAUGAGUGAGACCUCUACAGCUCUGGCUCUAUUGAGGUUUAUUUAAAUCUCUUGAACGCAGCCUUCCAGCUUUUCUCUGCUCUGCCAGGCCAGUGCGCCUGCGCUCUGCUGACACUCCAGUAAUCCGCUGGAGGAGAUUGCAUCCCCGUCCACUGCGCUCGAGCUAUCAGUGAGGGAGAAUUGAAAGAUGGGGGGAGAAAAUAUUUAUAUAUAUACGCGCAUAUGACGAGAUCACACGCCGGGGCCGUGGCAGAUUCCGAGAUGGAGCGGCUUUGCAACACGGGCAAACUCACAUCCGAGGCGGGAGGAUGCCUCCUAAUCUGAGACGACAGGGCUCCGCGUCUACGUCCCGAACGCCGGGGAUGUGAGGCGAACGCAGGCAGGAAUGGGCAAGACGGAAGACGGUGAAAGCUCCUCGGCUGUUUUCUCCGAAUCUGAACCCAGCGGUGUCUCUGGCCUGUGCACCGCUGCGUGGGGGACGGAUCACCUUCUCAAACGUGCGGCGCUUUUUGCUGCGCCGUUAAUUGGCUGAUUUGAAAGCCCGCAUGCAAGGAUCGGCGAUUAGUUAUCGUGCAACACGGAAAGCUAAACUACGGAUUCUAGCCCAUGCGAUCCAUGCCAUCACCUCCGCCGAUCGGGUAACACCAGACGCGCACGUUAACGCGAACCAGGAAGCGUCGCCGCGCCGAGACUCCCGCAUCGGGGUUGUUGACAAACUAGUGAUACUCGCCGCGACGCAUGCAAAUGUAGUUUCACCACGUUGACAGGGGUCGUUGCGGUGUUAACACGCCGGCGGAGACUUGCUGUGGCGAGCUGGCAGUUCCACGCGAAGCCGAGCUGGAGUUGAUUAACUGGACUGGACUGGACUGUCCGGCCUCGGCGGUGGGAUCAGACAGAAAUUAAGCUCUCAGACGGCGGACACUGGGAUCACCUCCCUUUCCUUGGCAGAGGCACCGCGGCUCGAAGCGGAACGUACCUCUCGGGAAUUGACUUGGAUGCUACUCAAAACUUGAAGCGUCAGAGGUUCGGACAUUUUUCCCCCUUUGGCAUCGGUUGGAGAAGCCGUCUAAAACGUGCUAUACCUGUGUUUCUUCUGGUUAAAUGUAUGCGAGUUUUUCUUUUUUUGCGUGGAAUCCUGCAAAUGCCAAAAGUGAUCUAAUCUCUGAAACAGUCCCUAUGGAGGGUUUAAGACGUGGAGUGUUCAUCCAGUGGGACAAAUGCAGCUGGGGUGUUUUACUUGUAAACCUCCACAGCAGCUGUUAGUCAGACUGGAUGUCUGAAAGAGGAGACUUGGAUAUUAGCAUACUUGCAGUUUUGCCAACACCCCUCCCAUGAAAUGCAGUGCAUUGAUUCACUCUUGUGCCCGUGUUGUAAAUAACUCUGUGGAUAUAUUCUGCGUGGCUCUUAUUCCUCCGCAGCCCCGUGCCACUUUUGACCGCCGUCUACCACGGAGCAUUAUCUCGCCGUGAUGUCCACGGUGGACUUUUCGGACGUUCACCAGAGGCGCCCCGUUCGGCCGCUGUGAUGUCGGGACACGGUGAAGGCGCAGGCUUUUCCCUCUGUUGAUCUCUUGAGCAUCUGCAGGAGAAAGAGGAACCGGGCAUGAGAUUGCACAGGCCGGGGAGAUGUGUCAGAAGGAAGGAGCGAGGAACUACACCUUGGAGGACCGUGUGCAGAGUUUGCCAGGCCUCAAGCCAAUAAGAGAGAGAACUGCAACACUUUGCUUUGAGGAAAUUGUAAUUUCUCCUCUCUGAGACGUGCUGAUAUUUUGGAAUUGACACUCCAUGCCCCAAGUUACUGUUCAAAUUGAAACUCCACCCCCCCACACACACACACUGCGGGAUAUACUCCCUCAUCUGCAUUCUUGAAUACUCAUUUUUUUCUGAGUAUCCUUGCUUUUUACUUCAUUUUUUCUCUGCUCAAGCCCCCUCAGGAGGAUAUUCUUCUAUUUGAAGUAGAAGGACGCGCACAGUAAAGGUUUCAGAAAGCCCCAUUUCUCUCAAUCAGGGUGUCAACUUUUGAACUCUGGGGAAAAACUCAAUAAACGGAUCGGAUCGCGAUCGGAGAGCGUCCAGAGACUAACUUCCUAUCUCCGUUUGUGAUGGGGAGCUCAGCCUCGUCCCUCACCGCCGAGACCGAGUCGGACCAUGGCUUUCGCAGCACCCCCUACCCUUCCUCACCCCCUGUGGGGUGGCUCAGGAACAGCCACAGCAGCCCGGUGUGGGGCACAACCUUCAUCACGCGGCAGCAGCAGCACCCGCUGCCUCACAGAGAGCGCAGCCACUCUCACUCCCCUGGCUCCAUGGCAGCGGCAGUGCGAGGCAGCGAGUGGUCAUGCGGACGCUGCACCUUCUUAAAUGCCGGCGCAGCGCCUCGCUGCUCCAUCUGCGAGGCGCCGCGCCAGAAACCUGACCUUAACCAGAUCCUGCGGCUGAGCAGCACCGAGGAGCAUCGCUGGGCCUGCCCGCGCUGCACUCUCAACAACCCCCAGGGAUCCGGAGCGUGCUCCGUCUGUGGCUUCGGUCCGUCCCCCGCCACUCACACGCCGCCUACCACCACCAUAGCCGCCACUGCCAACGGCCUCCCCCCUGCUCCGGCCGAGCCCCCCGCGCCCACCGUCACGCCCGCGGUUUUGCUUGAGCCCCACGGACAGCACCCGGCCAAGGAGGAAGCGCUGAGGCGCUCGGAGAGCAACGGGGAGGUGGUCGGUCUGGACGGGCAUCACUCUGGCUGGGCUUGUCCUCGGUGCACGCUUCACAACACGCCCGUGGCGCUGUCGUGCUCAGCCUGCGGCGGCCCCAGGAAACUGUCUCUGCCUAAAAUUCCCCCAGAGGCACUGGUAGUGCCCGAGGUGCGCACGCCUGUGCUGGGGUUUCCCGUUAACAACCCUUCAGCGCCGCUACUCAUCGAUCUUACGGACGACUCACCCCCAGCACCUCCGAGUGAUCCUCAAGAGACUCCCCAUGCGUCUUCACAGGCCUCCCCUUUCACCCCUUUCUCCUCCCUUCAGAAUAACCCCGUGCCUCGCAGCAGGAGGGAAGUACCCCCUCCAGGGCGCCCGCCGAACACAGGCACCAACACCCCCAGCCCCACCUCCCCUUCGACGGCCAUCGUGCCGCCCCAGCCCGGUCCGCAGCGGCCAGCCAAACCCAAACACGCCCAACCCCAGGAACCCUCAUACCCCAGCAAGCGCCUCACUAUCUUAGAAGAAGAAGACACCCACCCGCUGAAUCCCCACCUCCCCGCUGCUUCCUCAGCCGCCCCCACCUGGAAGUGCCCUAGCUGUUCUUUGUCCAACCCAGGCAACUCGGCCAAAUGCGACGCCUGCCGAUCGUCACGGGGUGGCGCCGACCUCAUCGACCUGGUCGGCUGCGAGACGGUACGAUUUACCCCGGCCAGCCCCUCCAGUCCGGACUUUAGCACCUGGGCCUGCUCCAAGUGCACCCUACGCAACCCCACAGGUGCGCCCAAGUGCUCCGCUUGUGGUUCUUCCAAACUGCACGGCUUUCAGGAGCAACAGGCGCCGCUCCCCCGCUGCUGUACACACUGUGGCCUCCCCGCUGGGUCAGGCACCGCGUCGUGCUCCUGCACUCCGUCGUCAUCUUCGUCCUCCUCAGGUCACAAAAUCCGAAAACAGGCCCGGGGCUUCCCUUCUUCCUCUACCGCUAUCGCUCCUUCUGGUUCCUCUUCCUCCUCUGCCUCAUCCAGCCUUCAGGAGAAGGUAGGACAGUGGAGUUGCCCGGCAUGCACGCUGCUCAAUGACGUCAAAGCCAAGAACUGUGUGGCGUGCCACACGCCCCAGCAGUACCUCACGCUUCGCAAGGUGGUGAAACCUCUGAAGAGGAGGGAGAGCAUGCACGUUGAGGCCCGUCGACGAAAUGAUGAGGGCGAGGCUAAGGAGCUGUGGGAGAAUAUUGUCAGCUUCUGCAGAGAGAACUCGGUGAACUUUGUGGAUGACAGUUUCCCGCCGGGGCCCCGCUCCGUGGGCUUCCCCGAGGGCGACAGCGUCCAGCAGCGAAUCAAAAAGUGGCUGCGUCCCCACGAGAUCAACUGCAGCAACUUCAAAGACCGGGGUGUCAAGUGGUCCGUCUUCCGCACGCCGAGGCCCUCCGACAUCCUGCAAGGACUCCUCGGAAACUGCUGGUUCCUGAGUGCGCUGGCCGUGUUGGCGGAGCGUCCAGAGCUGGUGGAGAGGGUGAUGAUCACCAGGACUAUUUGCCCGGAGGGGGCCUACCAGGUCCGGUUAUGUAAAGAUGGGACGUGGACGACGGUGCUGGUGGAUGACAUGCUGCCCUGCGACGACUACGGCUACCUCCUCUUUUCCCAGGCCCAGAGGAAACAGCUAUGGGUGGCGCUGAUUGAGAAAGCGCUGGCCAAACUCCACGGCUCUUACUUUGCCCUGCAGGCGGGGCGCGCCAUCGAGGGCCUCGCCACGCUCACCGGGGCGCCCUGCGACUCCCUCAUGCUCCAGGUCAGCUCCACCAACCCCCGGGAGGAACCCAUCGACACGGACCUCAUCUGGGCCAAGAUGCUGAGCUCCAAAGAGGCCGGGUUUCUGAUGGGCGCGUCGUGCGGGGGAGGCAACAUGAAGGUGGACGACGUCGCUUACGAGUCUCUGGGUCUGAGGCCUCGGCACGCGUACUCCAUCUUGGACGUACGGGACGUCCAGGGUUACAGGUUGCUGCGGCUGCGUAACCCGUGGGGCCGCUUCUCGUGGAACGGCAGCUGGUCGGACGAGUGGACCGAGUGGCCGCAGAACCUCCGCCACGAGCUGAUGGCGCACGGCAGCAGCGAGGGCGUCUUCUGGAUGGAGUACUCGGACUUCAUAAAGUACUUUGACUCGGUAGACAUCUGCAAGAUCCACUCAGACUGGCAGGAGGUGAGACUACAAGGCUGCUUCCCCAGCAAAGCCAGCGGCCCGGUCACAGUCACGGCCCUCACUGUGCUGGAGAGGACCACGCUGGAGUUUGCUCUAUUCCAAGAGGGAAGCAGGCGUUCAGACACGGCGGACAGCCACCUGCUGGACCUGUGCAUCAUGGUGUUCCGCGCCUCCUUCGGCAGCGGCAACAAGCUGACUCUGGGCCGUCUGCUGGCCCACAGCAAGCGGGCUGUGAAGAAAUUCGUCGGCUGCGAUGUCAUGCUGGAGCCGGGGGAGUACGCCGUGGUCUGCUGCGCCUUCAACCACUGGCAGAUGAACGUCAGCGGGACGGGAGGGCCGCCAACGCCCAUCUCGAGCCCCACCAGCGCAGCGGCGCGGCGGCCCAGCCAGGACUUCCCCGGCUACAUCCUGGCCAUCUACAGCUCCCGACAGGUGAUGGUGGAGCAGGUGGAGGCGACCGCCACCACGCUGGCCGACGCCAUCAUUCUCCUCACGGAAAACAAAGGCGAAAGACACGAGGGCCGCGAGGGCAUGACAUGCUACUACCUGACCCACGGCUGGGCGGGACUCAUCGUGGUGGUGGAGAACCGCCACCCCAAGUACUACCUCCACGUCUCCUGCGACUGCACUGACAGCUUCAACGUGGUGUCCACGCGCGGCAGCCUCAAGACCAUCGACAGCGUGCCGCCUCUGCACAGGCAGGUGCUGGUGGUGCUUUCACAGCUGGAGGGGAACGCCGGCUUCUCCAUCACACACCGCCUGGCCCACCGCAAGGCAGCCCAGGCCUCCCUGGGAGACUGGACCCCCACCAAGGCCACCCACAGCCCCCAGCUCACCCCGGACAUAGACGGCCUGCACCGACCCCGGCCGCUAUGACCACCGACGGUGCCCCGGCCCCAGCACAUUAAACUGUCAGACCACUGGAAGAAUCAGGCACGGGGGUAGGGGGAAGCCACGUGGAGCCCUGACCCCGACAAGAAAGAUGUGUAACCGCGCGUCCUCUCGGAUGAACCCCUGAAUGUAAAGAAAAUUUGCUCUCCUCCUCGUGCUUCGCGAAUGCUGAAGAUUUGAUCUGACCCGCACCUGCUCUGUCCCCGUGCCAAGUGGAUGUGCCAUGUCCGGGUGAAACGAGGGACCGGGACGCAAACCGCAGCAAACUGAGGGGAUCCAGUUCUGACUAAUUCUGGAUGCUGCUGGUAGCUGCUAGCAAGAUCUGUGCGUGAAACGGACGUGUGCCCUCAGUUUCACACGCAUGGAGAUUAAAAAAAUUUAAAAAAUGAAUUAAUAAAAAAAAAAAAAAAAUCCAGGGUGGAGUGCUGAAACUACUGAGCCAUCUGCCAGGCCCACGGCCUAUGAGCCAAUCACCCGAUCAGACGCCUCCCCUCCCUCUCCACGUCGUCCACAAAACACGACGCUUCUGGGUCCACGUCGCCCACCCUCAGUACGGUACUUUAUGAGCCAAACCAACUCGUUUUACUCAUAGUGAGACGUUUUUUUUUGUUUUUUUAAUUACUUUCAGCGUGAGUCUUACCUGUUUUAUACACAGCCCUCAUCCAUAUUUGUGUUUUUGAGGUCGUAGAAAAAGCCAUCAUCCAUCCACACGACGUUGUCUGUCUCCUCCCUCCGCGCUCCGUCUGCACCGCGCUGCUGUCUCCGUAGCUCAGGACCAAACCCGUGAUUUGUACAGAAAAGCUCAAGCAAAACCUCAAGCGCAUGUCGUGGCAGGCGCGCGGCGCCCUCGCUGGAAUCGCGUCUUUCUCUCAUUUCGUCUGGUGUCUCCCGUUGAGAGCACCGUCGUGACCAAGAGUCUCUUAGACGUAACGUAAGAGAAGAGAAAUAGCCAUUUUACCUCCUUCCAAAUAACAAUUUUAACUCAUUUCCAAACCCCAAGGUUUUUUUUCCCGCGUUCACUUCAGAAGUCAGUUUACACAUGCACUAUCGCGACUCGCUUAUUCUCGCACCCCACAGUCUGCGUCUGACCCUUUUUCCCGGUACUGAGAGCGAGUUAGCGUCUAUUUGUCACACUUUAACACAUUAAGCCAGUAUGGUUGAUUUCCACUUGAGUGUACUUAAGGAGCGCCGGAGGAGCUGGGGGCUGUUUGAGCUGUCAGUCUGCCAUAGGGGAGCUCUUAAGAGGAGCCGGCGCGUUUGCUUUGGGAGGUCAGGGACGGCUUUUGUUUGCUUGGGCGCGGCGCGGGACGUCUGGGCCGCCCUCCCGCAAGAAUACGCCGACAACAAACGCCGGAGCCAAGCAAAAAUUACCAUUUCGUCAGACCGGGGCUCGCGAGACGCCCCAGAGACGCGUUGCGACACAGAAAGGAGUUUAAACCUCCCCCAGCCAGCGUCGUUUCGUAAGGCUGGUCGCCCGUAGCUGUUUCAUGUAGGUUCCAGUUUCUCCGGUGUCGAAGCCAUUACUCCUGGUUCUCUGAUGGUCUCUCAGUCCUCACCAUGGCAACGUGGACGUCUCGUCAGAUAGCGAGGGCAAAGAUUAAUGCGGUACUACAGCAGCAGGAUGGAGCGGGAGACUUUUAUCAAGUUGAUGUCUUACUCUUAUGUAGUGAAAUGGUGAAAAACUUGAACGCCAAUGAGCAAAAUCUCUGCAGCAUUCGUGCAACUGAUGAUUUUUUUUUAUUAGCAAAAAAUAAGUAAAUGGAAACUUUAAUGAGACGCUUCACUCCUGGCAGUUUGAGCAAGUUAAUCAUCUCACGUGCAUUGUCCCUUUUUUUCUUUUUUUCUUUGUUUUUGUCAGCAUUAAUGGUAAAUGGCAGUACUGCUUCCCGAUCCCUGCAUCCGCAAACUGUUUCUCUGGUGAAACCCGAAGCUGAAGUAGCUGUAAAUACGUUUUCCAAAGAAACAUCGUGUGUAACGAACACUUUCAGAUGUCUGUUUGCUUCGUGUGAGUGCGUGCAUGGUCGCGGCUGAGUAGCUGUGAAUUCUUAGCGUCUAAUUUAUUUGUGCAAGUGAUUUAUUUUUUUUCGCAGGUGUGGUUUCUAAUGAUGAACACUGAGCUGGUGAGCGUCAGCUAAAGGAAUGUGAUAAUUUGUGACGUCCGGUUUGAGCCCAGAGGGAUUAGCUUGACCCCUGCACUGAAACCCAUGCAAAGACCUCAGAAUGAAGUGUCCCUGCUGGAUCGCUUUCCACUUACAUGAGAUUCAUUUUUGUUUUUGUUUCUGUUUUUUUUUUUUUUGAGUUGUUUUGUCAUAGCUGUCUUUUUCUGGCUCUUGGUGUCCUUAUAAACCCACUCCUCCUCUGUCGAGUUGUGUUGGUGGCUCUCCUGUGCGUCGGGGGCGCCCCCUGCUGUUCAACAGGCGCCAAGCAGAGAGGAGGAGGUCAGCGGCAGAGCAGCCAACACAACGCCUUCUCUCUUCUCCUUUGACCACUUUCCCUCCUUGUAAAUUGUACAGACUGCAAAGUGAAAUCACAAAAAAAAGAGAUGAGAAAAUAAAUCUACUUUUAAACUUGUAAAACAAUCAAAUAUAACAGUAGAAAUAAAUGGGAAAUCAAACUAAAAAAAAAAAAAACUGACGAAUGUGAUAUAUAUUUUAUUGAUCUCUUUUUGGGAGGGGUAUAUGUGUACAAACAUAUGUAUGUUUAAUUUUCAAUCUCAGGUUCCGAUGGACCAAAUAAAUUUUUUUAAAUUAAAA